AUGAAAAUUCUUAUAAAAAGGUGUCGUGAUAAUGUAGGAAACCCUAUAGAUGCAAUCAGUGCAAGCGUUUCUCCUGAUCCAGUGAUUCCUGGACAAAAUGUUACUUUCAAAGUUUCCGGAACUCUAAAUAAUGCUAUUACAGAUAAAGAGCAGAUUUAUAUUUUGUAUUUUGAUAAAGGCCAUUAUUUGGAUAUAAAGAAUUCUACUGCACCUCAAACUGAAGCUGGAAGUUCAUUUAACGCAAAUCCCACAUUUGAGACACCAGUUGAUUUACCAAACAAAUACUUUAUUCAAGUUAAAGUUGCGAAUCCAAGAGAUCCGACCGAUCCAAAAAAGGAAAAUACUAUAGGUUGUAUAACAGCAUCU